AUGAAGACCGCAGGCGAUGCCACUGAGGCACCGAGCAGCCGCAUCGAGGCCCUCAACGAGCUUGCGGCGAGGGUCGAGGCGUCCGACGCUUUCUUCGACGCCGCGAGCAGGGAGUCGGCUCCCUCCGCGCUCACCGCCCUCGUACGCCGCCUGUCAUCGCUGCCGAAUCCCACCGACGACGACUGCGCGGUCCUCGACGCGGCCGCCGCCGCCAUCGCCGCCUGCAGCGGCCACGCGGCGCGCGGGAGCAGGUCGGCCACCCUCACCUUUGGCGUCGCGGGCACCGCCAGCGUCGACGUUCGGAUCACGGAAGGCGCCCUGGGCGACGGCCUCGGGAUGCGCCUCUGGCCCGGAGCGUUCGCGCUCUGCAACGAGCUGUGCGCGGCGCGCGCGUGGGUCGCUGGCCGCGCCGUCCUGGAGCUAGGCGCCGGGACGGGCCUGGCGGGGAUUGUGGGCGCGAAACUUGGGGCCGCGUCAGUGUGUCUGACGGACUUCGAGGCCCCGGUGCUCGCGAACCUCGCGGCGUGCGUGCGCGCGAACUGCGCCGCCGAGGAGCCCGGACCUGACGCCAGCGACUGGGACUCCCCCGGGAUGUCUGUGCGGCACCUCGACUGGCGGGCGGAGCGGGACGCCGUGCGGUCCGGCUCGGCCGCCGCGCUCGAGCGCUACACGACGGCCGCGUGCCCGAGCGUCGAGCCCGGCGCGACGUUCUCUCGCGUGCUCGCCGCGGACGUGCUGUACGACAUGGGCGCUGCGAGGGACCUCCCGUACGCCGUCGCGCGCAGGAUGGCGCCCGGCGGGGCGUGCUUGGUCUGCGGACCCGUGCGCCAGCACCGGGUGUUCGAGGCGUUCGUGGCCGAGUGCCGCGGGCUAGGCCUGCGCGUCGGCUGGGUCGACGUGGCGGGCGGCGACACGCACGCGUACCAGGGUGUGCGCCCGCGUGGGUACGACUACGAGGGCGGCUGGAAGCUGGUCGGCGUGGACCACGCCGACGCUCCGUGCGCGGAGUGGCACCGCGCGUUCGACUUCUCGCGCGACGACCACGUCAAGGCCUGCCCGUGUCAGCUGUGUGCUGCAGCGGAGCGCAUCGGGCCGGGCGCGGACGGCCCCCCGGCCGCUGCCUGA